AUGAAGCAGCCUUUCUCCUGCAAGCAGACGGGCGGUGAAACAGUGAAGAUCACUCUCUCGUCGUUGGAUGACCAUCGAGCAGUGAUGGGCUAUGCAGGCGACGCGGGCCUACCGACGUACACCUUCCCGGUGGUCCGCCCGGCCAUCCUACAGGUAAUCCUGCGCGGCGUCAUUCGGACGCUGCCAAAUGACGUCCUCAAACAGCAGCUGCAGAAGAUGGGCUUCGCGGCUACCACCGUCGAAUACCACCGCAUGCCGGGCACAAACAAGUUGUCUGGCCUCCGACUAGUCAUCCUACCAGACUCGACCGACCACCGGAAGAUCUUCCAAGUGACGCGACUGAUGGGCCUCGUCAUCUCAGCAGAGCGCCUCCGAAGGACCCGUGGCAACAUUCAAUGCUUUCGCUGCCAAGGGUUCAACCAUGUCGCUCGCCACUGCACAUUCCCCUACCGAUGUGUGAAGUGCGCGGGCGACCACGACUUCCGCUCCUGCCCAGCAGCGAAAGAGACUCCAGCCAAAUGCUGCCUUUGUGGCGGUGACCACACCGCCAAUUUUCGGUCUUGUCCGGCACACAAAGCCGCCAGCCGACGCCGACGGGGACUUCCGCCGCUCCCCAAGACAGCUCGAAGAAGACGCUCUGAGGCCGGCGGCCGACAGCGCCCAGCAGCACCCCCAUCCAGUGCGCCGACGCUCAUGGAACACCGGGCGGCCAAGGCCUUAGGGCCGCCCCCUCACGCUCCAGCCGUAUUGACACACGAUGACGCCGACGCGCCCUCUGCCGCACCACCUCUGGCGACUGCUGCGUUCCCGCCCCUGCGAGAGCAACGCCGUCCUGCCGCCUGGGCUCGCCCAGCACCGACAACACGCCCAGAUGGCCCUGACGACAUACGGGACCUCGUCGCCCUCAUGCAGACAAUGACAACUGCCAUCAUGGAGAUGAACAUGGCCAUCCAGCAACUGCCGACAACCCUUGCAGCAAUCGUGGAGAGCACCGUCCGCGGUGUGCUCCUCGCUUCCGGAGUCCAACAACAUCAAGAUGGAUAG